AGCGGAACAAACUGUGGAACAUCUGACAGAUCUGAGAAUGAACGAAAGUACAUGAGUCAGCGUCAGUGUCCGGACACUGCGACCGACCGGAGAUAAAGACGAUAAAAUUAGCACCCGAGAACGCUGCGGGACCGAGAGACCGAGUCUUCCCAGGGACACUGUGUCUCCUCAGCCUGUGGAGCUCCUUGUAGUCCCGAAGACUCCCUGAAACAGAGACACAGCAGAACGGAAGGAUGAGCCUACUACACAGACUCACAGUGUGGAGGUGGAAGAGAAGGGUGGAGGCUUCUCUGUGCCCAGCAACUGGUUUUCACUGCAGGGCUUUCUGUUCCACCCCUUCAGAACCAGAUCCCAUUGAGAUCCACAAACGGAAGCUCUUCCUGUGGUUCAGCCACCUUCCUCAGGAGGAGAAACAGUUUGGGGGUUACUUUAGCCCUGAGACCAUGCAUGUGGACCCACUGAUCUUGGAAAGAAAUCCUGAGGAGAGGUUAGGACCGCUCAGCCCCCCUCUGCAAACCCAGAACCCCUCAAGCCCCUCAAGCCCCUCAAGCUCCUCUGUGACUGUGGAACAGCUGUUCGAGCCUACCGAUGCCUGGAGUAAUGAUCGAGGGCUCAAUGUGCUGCUCUAUGGAGCAGUGGGAACAGGAAAAAGUACAGUGGUCCGAAAGCUAGUGCUGGAUUGGUGUGCUGGGACCACUCUCACCAACUUCAAGCUUCUGGUUCCUUUCUCUUGUGAGGACCUCAGCCAGCUUUCAAAGGUGUCUUCCUUACGGGACAUGGUGACCAGGAAGUACCUCCACCUGAGAAAACACCCAAUGCUGAGUGGGGAGGGAAUCCAGGCCAAGGAUGUGCUUUUCCUCUUUAACGGGAUGGAAAAGAUAAAAUUGGACUUCCGCAUUGGAUCCACAGAGCUAUGUAGUGACCCUAAUGAGGCACUGGCUCCAGGUGUAGUGGUGGUGAACCUGCUGAGGAAGUACCUCCUGCCUGAGGCCAGCGUCUUGGUUACAACAAGACUUUCUGCUCUGGACCGUAUCCCUCAGAAGUAUAUUAGUCGUUAUGCACAGAUUUGUGGCUUCACUGACCCAGACCGCCAGCGAGCAUACUUCACUAGCCGCCUACUGCAGCAGAGUGGGGAGACGGUCCGUAACCAAGAGGCCCAAGCUCUAAUAGAGCUGCUUUACCUCAGCCUACAGAGAGAAAGUCAGCUUGCUGCCGCCUGCUUCCUCCCUUCCUACUGCUGGCUCACAUGUGCCACCUUACACUUCCUCCAUUUCACCAACAUCAAUGCCCCCAUCCGCACAUUGACUGGAAUAUACACCAGUUUUCUUAGGCUCAACUUUGGGGGUGAGGUGCUGGGAACAGGGGCGGGGACAAAUGUGCCCACUCAGGGGCACCACAGUUCCCUGAUGUUGUAUGUCGUUCGUACAGUUGGUAAACUUGCGUUUGAUGGUGUGACUUACAAGCGCACAUCAUUUUCAGAAAAGGAACUGGAACAGUGGAUAGGAGGGAAGACCAAGACGGAUGAGGAGCUACAUCAGCUGGCCAUGUUCCGGACUGAUGUUUUAGACUUCUUCUUAGCUCCCUGCAUAGGAAAUGAUAAACAUUUAUCCCAAGACCUUAGUGAGAAUGAUGAGAGGCGGUAUGUGUUUGCUGUCCCGGCCAUGCAGGAGUAUCUGGCGGCUCUCUACAUUGUUCUAGGAGAGAACAAAUCGGCUCUAGAGAAGAUGACCAGGCAGGUGUCUGUGGCCAUUGGCCAGGCAACUGAGGAUGUGAAUGCCAUUAUGAACAUCCUAUCUAAAUUCAUCCCCCUCAGAAUCUUUGCUAUAUUCAACCUUCUUAAGCUUUUUCCAAAGCUUUAUGAGAAAAUCAGCAGUCGCAGCAAAGGCAGUAUUGCCAGAACCAUGGCAGCUGAGAUGUUCCGCACUGAGGAUAGCUACAACGAGGAUGUCCUGGAUCAGGUGGAGCAAAGCCUUCUUGGAGUCCAUGGUCCGCAGCCAAAGCAGUACAGUGAAGGCCAACCCUUUGAACUCUACCCCAUCUUCAUGGGUGGACUGUUGCAUUAUGGUAACCGUGUGCUUCUCCAACAACUUGGCUGCAGCAUUCAAAGCAGUACUGUGGCCCAGAUCACACGUGCCCUUAGGAAGUAUCUUGUCAGAGAGCUCAGCAAGCCACAGCCACCGGAGGAGCUGAUGGAUCUGCUGGUCCUUCUGUAUGAGUUUCAGAACCCAAGACUGACUGCAGAGGUUCUGGCCUCAAUCAGAGCUAUCCGCCUCACCAACAUUCGUAUGACGCCGCUCAAAUGCUUCGUACUAAGUUCUGUGCUCUCAUGUACCCCUGCAAGUUAUCACCUCGAAGAGCUGGACCUGUCCUCCUGUCUCCUGAAUCAUGACAUGCUUCAGAUGCUGUGGCCCGCCUUUAGACACACACACAACCUCAAUCUGCAGUUUAACAGCCUGGGUCCUGAGUCUUGCAUCCUGCUGAGAGACCUGCUACUAGACCCCAAGAUUUUGAUAAAAUCUCUACAACUGUGUGACAACCCUCUACUGGAGUCUGGAGCCCAAACCCUGCUGGAGUCUCUGCCAACGAACCAGUCCCUGACACACCUGGGCCUGAUGCACACUGGGCUGGGGGACAAGGGGGCCCUGGAGCUGGCUGAGAGGCUCCAGCUGCACACAGGACUCCAGGAGCUCAACGUGGCCUAUAACAAUAUUGGAGACAAUGCUGCUUUGACUCUGGUGGACGCCUGUAGAGAGCAUCCCAACAUUCACACUGUGCACUUGUAUCUGAACCCUCUUAGUGAUGUGGGAAAGAAGUCCCUGUAUGUUCGAGGUGUUCCCAGAGGCCACAGCGGCAGCGGUCGGAGGGUCAAGGUCCUGGCUUCUGUCACUGAGGGAUCAGACAUCUCAGAAGACUGGCACCCCAUCCUUAGUGUUAUACGAGAGAACGCCUCAUCCUGGGACCGUGAACGCAUUAAGCAGCAGCUCAAGGUCUUCCUCACUGAUCUGGAGUGGGGGCGUCAGCAGCAGCAGAGCUUCUGGAAGAGGCUGCACUUUCGCAAGGUGGAGAAAGGAGUAAAGCAGACUCUACAGAUGCUGGAGAAAGACACUCCAUCCAAACGAUUCCGCAAGUAACCCAAGAGGUGAAAGGGAACUGAAUGUCGUCAGCAGCAUUUCAGUUUGUAAUCUGAUUGUGUCUAUACAGAAGUUAUAAAUACAGCUAAAAUACAGUUAAGGGCUACUCCAUUCUUUAUUCUACAAUAUCUAGCAAAACAGCGUUAAGACGCUUUGUUUCUACGCUUUCUGAGCUCAGAGAACAGAGCACUAAUCUUCAAGAUAUUCUUCGCAAGGUCUUCACCUGUGAGAUGCUAUGAGAUGACAUAUGAUGUGAAUUGCUCUAUAUAAAUAAAAUUGAAUUGAAUUAAAUUGAACAAAUGCAAGAACUGUAUAUCAUUAAACUCUAAGGCCCCAUUCAGAUAUGCAACCAAUUUUCUUAAGCUGACGGCAAUUUAGCAUGGCAGCUUAUGUCUAAAUGCGCACCCUGGUCACAUUUCUGUUAAAGUUGCACUGGUAAUCUUACUAGGUUGGACCAAGUAACUUUCAAUAUCACCCUUUAACACAGCUCAAGUCUGAACUGAACUGUUACAAAAAGAGAUGGGCACACAAGCAACAGUACUUCACAUUGUGUGCAGUGAUUUAUGGAAGGAUUUUUCCACAUUUCAGCAAAAAUAUUUGUCCAAAAACAUUACAUAGCAAUUUAAUACAGUUAGUGUGCCACACGACACUUCUCUCCAAGUUUCUAACCAUUGGUCUACAAAAUGAAAUGUCCAUAAUACUGAAACUUUACUGCAAUAAAAAAGACACUGACAGCAACAGAAUAAAAGACAGACAGGUAGACAUUAAUGAUACUCACCAAUAAUGAAUAUAAUCUGAGUGUUUGUAGAUUUAGUCUGGAAUUGUAUUAUUAUGUGUUAUACCUAAUUUGGUGUAUUGUCUAAUCUGGUGUGAAUGACUAAUAUGACAUGUGAACUGCAGCUCUCUCCAGCAUAGUGGGGUGUAUCUCUGCAUGAAGUUGUGAGGAACAUUGAUGGAAAAGUGACACGUCUGAAUGACUAAAAUGCCAUCACUUUGAAGCCAGCAAUGUUCUAUGUCCAGUGUUCAAAAAAGGCCUGUUAUAUGGUAUGGAAGUAGUCUGUUCUGAAUAUUCACCUCACAGUGUGGAUUAUUUUUUGUUUUGUUUUGUUUUUUAUCCACGAACAGUACAGAAAGACAAAAAACAUAGGACAAGAAAGCAGAGGAAUGACAGUAAAGGCCCAAACUGGCUGCGAGUUGUCUGGGAACUCUGCUGUUAGGGGCAUAUUCAUUGCAUCUUUAUUAAAUCAUCCCAUUUGCAAUGCUCUUUCCUGGCAUGAAACCAAAUUGCUACUCAUAACUCAUCAACUCCCCUGCUUCCUCUGCUCUUUCCCAUAACUUCAUGGGAGCGGGUGUGGCUCAGGUGGUAGAGUGCGUUGUCCACUGAUUGCAAGGUUGGCAGUUUGAUGCCAAAGGGU